AUGGAGGUGGUGUUGCCGCUGGCGGUGGUCUGCGUGCUGGUGAGCGGGGCGCCCAACGCGACGCGGCACCGCACCGACACGAACGACCAGCCCCUGCUGCCCGAAGAUGAGGACGACCUACAGCUCGAUUACUAUGAUGAAGAACGCUUCAAUAUAUCGGAAAAGGGCAUGUACCUUGGCUCUCCCUGCGAUUUCACGUGCAACCCGAACCUUCAGCACGUGUACUGCGAGCCGUCCACGCUGUCCUGCCAGUGCGAUCCGAAGCACCCCGUCGCGCUUGGUGUCGACAAAGGUUGUGCUAAGCCAAAGAAGCUGGGCGAGCAAUGCUUCUACCGGCAAACAUGCCACGCGUUCGACCCCCAUGCCACCUGCGUACAAGUCAACCACAACGCGUUCUGCCAGUGCGAACCGGGCUACCACAGCACCAGCCACUCGCGCCCGGUGCCGCGGAUCUUUUGUACAGAAGACGUGGCGCUGCUGACGACGGACGUGCCGCAGCUGCUGGGCGUGGCAUCGGGCAUCUUCGUGCUCGCGGGACUACUGUGCAUGGUGCUGCACCUAUACACGCGCGCGCGCUACCAUCCCGCACACCUCGCCGACGCGAGGCUCACCCCGCCCUGCCUGUACACGCUCAACGACACCGGUGGCACAGUGAGCGCGACCCGCGUAUCGUCACGUGCGUCGGCACGCAGCGGCUGCACGAGCGGCACGGCGGGCACGUGCGGCACGGGGGGCGGCGUGGGGGGCGCGGCGAGCGGCGCGGGGGGGCGCGCGUGGAAGCACCGCGUCGCGCUCAGGUGCGGCGCGCGCGGCCGCCAUCUUGCUAAUCUCGCGCCACCUGAAGGCCGUAAGGGACGGCGGCGCGCACCCGCCUAA